CCCCUCCCAGGACGGGAUCCCCCAAGUCGCGCGCGCGGCGGCGCAAACAGGGGGCAGCCCGCACCCUCUCCCUCAACCUCCCAAGAAGGGAUCCCCCAAGUCGCGCGCGCGGCAGGGCAAUCAUGGGGCCAGCCGUCGCACUCCUUCCCCCCCAGUCAGGACGGGCUGCCCCGGGUCGUGCGCCUCGAGACGCACCUGAGACCCGAUUGCCGACGAAACGAAAGCGAGUUGACCACGAAGACGUCACUCCUUCCAGCUCCACAAGAGACGAUCCGGUUGUUCCAGGUGUACGUUUCCAGCCCAAUAGUGGAGGAUUGUACGGUGUUUCCGCAACAGGGGAACUGGGCGGAUCCACCCAACGGUCUGGUGGGGACGUGCGUCUACCGUCAGAGUCCGGCCAAGAGGUGAAAAGACAUGGGCGACUUCUGUUCAUCAAAAAACGUGGCGUGCGACGGCCAGCGCUCCGCGAGCUGAUCCGGCCGAUUUCGACCCCCGCUGAGACUCGGCUGUUCUCGGAGCUUUAUUCCAGGCACUCCACCAAGUCGUCCACCAAUUGGAUCAAUAUGUGUCACGAGUGGAAUCAACGGGCUGCUCUUACGGUUUCUCAGAUCUCAGGGCCUGACAACGCAAUCCAUCAGAAGAACAUUCCUCUUCUGAAAAAGUACGAGAAGGGCCUGGUCAAAGACUUCAUUCGGAAAGACUCCCUGAACGCACUCAUCGCUCACAACCCCGGUUCCUUGCAGCAACCCAACUAUGCACCGUCGACCUCCAUCAACCCGUUCGUUGGUGGAAUCCAUCCUUAUCCGCCCACCUUUGCUCACAACAUUCCGUUCGCACCCUCCGCAUACCCACCGUUUGCAACGUUGCCCAUGGAGGGCGGCGUUGCACACCCCAUUUUCUUCCAACCACCGCUCACAGACACACGUUUCCAGCUUCAAAGUGGCCAGUCGUUUCCUGCCCGACCAUCUAAGAAUAAUAUAGAGGUGGAAAAGGUAUCAAAAAGCACUGUAGAAAGCGGCCUGGUUGCGGCUUACCAAUAG